AUGCCCUCUCCCUCCCGCCACCAGCGCCUGGCCUCGCUGACGAAGCUGCUGACCACCCACGUGAACGCCGGCCGCCACCGCGACGCGCUCGGCCUCUUCUCCCGCAUGCUCUCCGCCCCCGACCUCCCGCCGCUCACCGACCCCUCCUUCGCCCACGCCUUCCCGCUCGCGCUCAAGUCCGCCACCGCGCUCCGUGUGCCCGGCGCCGCCGCGUCCUUCCACGCGCUCGCCGCCAAGUGCGGCCUCUUUUCCAGCCCCUUCCUCGCCUCCGCGCUCAUCGCGUCCUACGGCGCACGCGUCGUCGGCAGUGCUGGCGGCGCCGACUACAAACUCACCCGCCGCCUGUUCGACGAAUUGCCCGCCCGCAACGCCGUCGUCUGGAGCGCCAUGAUCUCCGUCCACGUCCGGGCGGGCGACCUCGCCGCUGCGGCGUGGGCGCUUGACCACAUGGACGUCGCCCCGACCGCCUCCUGCUUCAAUACCGUGAUCGCCGCGGUCGCCGAGUCCAGGGAACACCCAACCCGAGCCAUCGAGGUCUACCGACACAUGCGAAGAGUGGGCGUCCCACCGAGCUUCAUCACUUUGCUGGCGCUCGUCCCCUCUUGCACCGCAAUGGGCGCAUUGACGUCGAUCAAGGAGGUGCAUAGCUUUGCAGUGCGGCAUGGCAUGUGCCCGAGAUCCCUCGUUGGUAGCUCCCUCAUCGAAGCAUAUGGGCGCUGUGGUUCUCUUGCUGCCACGCAGAGGGUCUUCAACCAGGUUCAUGAUCGGGAUGUGGUUGUUUGGAGCUCUCUGGUUUCAGCUUACGCUUUCCAUGGUCGUGCCGAGGUCGCAAUGUCACUUUUCCAACACAUGGAGGACCAGGAUGAUGUUCGGCCUGACAGCAUCAUGUUCCUUAGUUUGUUGGCGGCCUGCGCCCAUUCUGGCCGUGCAGAUGACGCAUUGCAGUAUUUCGAUGUGUUGACCAGGAGAUAUGGAGUGGAAGCUUGUGGAGAUCAUUAUUCGUGCAUGGUAGACGUCUUGGGCCGGGCAGGACGGCUGCAUCAAGCUUAUGAACUUAUACGAACAAUGCCAGUAAAGGUUACAGCAAAAGCCUGGGGAUCUCUUCUUGCUGCAUGCAGGAAACAUGGGGAUGUGCGGUUGGCAGAGGUUGCCGGGAGAGCAUUGUUUGAGAUUGAACCAGAGAAUGCAGGAAAUUUUGUUUCGCUCGCAAACAUCUAUUCAGGCCGUGGCAUGCAUGAGGAUGCAGAGCGGGUGAGAAGGGAGAUGGAGCAGCGAGGUGUGCAGAGACUGCCUGGUAGCAGUUGGAUGAUACAUCACAAGUCAUGUUGUUAA